AUGCCACCCUCCCCUCUCAGAUACUCACUAGCAGGCCUUAUGACUGAGUCAAGCUCAGUUUUGAGUUUGCGGGCGAGCUGAGAUAAGGCUUUUCUGAGAAACGGCCCGGUUGGACGACAUUCCAUUUAACAUUAUCCAUGUCAACACGGCAGCUAAAUCUUUCCUCAGCACUGAAGGAGACUCAAAAGUCGGCUUUUUGAGAUGUUUCAGAUGGCUACCCCGAGGUCGUCUGUGUUUACCUUUGAGUCCACGGUGCAUUCUUCUCAUGUGCUGCAGUGGCUGGACGAGCAGCGCUGCCGGGACUUGUUGUGUGAUGUUACGGUGUUGGUGGAGGGUCAGAGUUUCAGGGCUCACCGCUCGGUGCUUGCUUCCUGUAGUGACUACUUCGCCCAAAGGAUCUCUUCCCCGGUGCAGCACGGAGCGGUCCUCACCCUGCCAGACGAGGUGACAAGUGCUGGCUUCGAGCCCUUGCUGAAGUUUGCUUACACAUCUAAACUCCACUUUGGGAAAGAAGAUGUUUUGGAGAUACAAAGCGCAGCCUCCCUUCUAGGUUUCAAAGACCUAGACGAGGCGUGUUUUGAUUUCCUGCUCCCAAAGCUCUUUUCCAGUAACAAGAGCCCUCCCGCUUUUGUGAGGAAGUGUUGUAAGAAGGCCUGCAAGAGGCGAUUUACUAAGGAAAAUGGAGGCACAGACUCUGACGUCUUGGGUGACAAAGAGGCAAAACCAGUUGCUGACUCAUCAUCUCAGCGGGACGCGGCUUGGGAGCGUGGCAAAUCAGUAAAGAAGAAAACAGGAAGUGUGAGUGGCGCGGUCCCUGCUGGGCCACCUGUUGAAGACAUGGACGUCGCUGUCCUAAAGUGUCCAAAGUACCGCAAGUUCCAGCUUGCUUGCGAGAAGGAAAAUGGUGAGAAAGUUCCAACAAAGUCGAGGAUCAGGGAUGCCUGCUCCCUCUCCUGCUUUCAGUGCUCUAGCAGUCCACUCCUUAAAAGCAAAACUGCCUCCAAUGAAGAGAUAAACGGGGGAGCUAAAGAGCUCCCAAGCAGUGAAAUACACGAAGCAACUCGGGGACUUUAUCCUGUUAAGAACGAUUCGCUUGAAGAAGAACGAAAACAGAAUGAAAAGGUGGCAGAGGACACCUUUAAGGACAAGAUGGAGCAUUUGUCUGGCAUGAAGCCUUUAGACACUUCUAAUGCCAAGCUAGUCUCACCAGGCUCAAGCCCAACACCUGAAGAGAACCCAGAGUGUUCACUGCCCCCUUGCCCUUUGAUUGCCCUGAAUGAGCUCAGUGCAGUCUGUAGGUUGGUGCAGCGUGAGGAGAUUGCCGCCAACAUCACAGAAAACCAGGAAAUGCUGAACCCUGUAGCGGCAGAGCCAGGCUCUCUUCAUCAAAACAUGCCUGAAGCGGAGGGGACAAGUCUGUAUUAUGUCUGCCAGGACGGAGGACAAACAGGCAGCGUGGAAAGAUCAACCUUCCUGAGCAAGGAGAAGGAAGUGGCUGGUCUUCCCCCAGCGAGUCUGGGAUCAAGGACAGGGACUUCUCAGCCAAACGUUCAGGAAUGGGCGCAGAGCCCAUCUCCCAACACUAAAAACAGCUGCCCCUUUCUACUGGAGCUGCACCCGGCGAGCUGCUCGCUGUCUGAGAUGUCCGAGUGCGAGGUGGCUUCUCAGUCCGGUGUUUCAUCCAUGAACUCGGGGGAGGACGGAGACUCGGAGACGGAGACGGAAGGAGACUGCGACUUCGCUGCAAGGGAGAGAGCCCUGCAGGUGCAGUUGCCGUACCCCAUGGAGUGGAUCGUCAGCCUGAGCCGGAACGACUUCCAGCAGCUGCUGAAGCAGCAAACCUUCACUCGAGAGCAGCUGGAUUUCGUCCACGACAUGAGGCGGCGCAGCAAGAACCGCCUGGCGGCUCAGCGCUGCCGCAAGAGAAAACUGGACUGCAUUUACAAUCUGCAGUAUGAGAUCCACAAGCUGAAAUCUGAGAGGGAGAAGCUGCUCAUGGAGCAGAACCAGCUGAAUCAGAUGAAGAUGAAAACGUGUCACACUGUCAACACUUUGUGUCAGAGGGUCUGCAGAGAAGCAGAUCUACAGCCAGACCAGCUGCAGGCGUUAGCCUCGUACACCACCUCAGACUGCCCUCUGUCCUCCUUCUUCCCUCACAUUGACUCACUUCUGUCACAGUACGGGCCACCACUUCGUCCCCAAAUAUCUGUCAUGGCGUCUUCUGGGGGAAGACAGUUUGUGGCCCCUGAGGACAAUCUGUCCCGUUUGAACCGAGACACAAUCAGAGUCCAGCAUUCACUGUAGACACACAACUAAAUCACGCUGCCCGAGGAGAUAUUAAACUGUACUGUACUCUUUGUUAUUCUGUAUAUAAGAGCAUUUAUUUUGACAUGAGCACAGGAUACAAUAAGAGCUCAUAUAUAAAUGUUUACAGCGAAUUUACUGUGAACAGCAAAUAUUUUAAUAAGAUUAUUUUGACCUGCCAUCUUUUUUUUAUCUCAAAACAGAUGCUGGAAUAAAGAUGGUGAACAUGCUUUUGUUAAAGGGGACAUAUUAUGAUUUAUUUUGUUAAGUUAUAAUAGUCCUAUGAUCUAUACAAGAUGUGUUAAUGAAGUACUUUGCUCUAAAUCCCUCCCAAAUACAGGGAAAACAGCAGUUUUUGUUCUUGACAUUUUCAGUACCUUCCAGAAUGAGUCGUUUCAGGGCUCUGUCACUUUAAGAAAACAUGCUAGAGAUGGCCACGCCCACCUAUUUCUGUUCAGGCUGCUAUAAGCCGAGAAGCUCUGAUACUCGGGAGGGGCUCAAAGUAAAGCCGCUGCUCCUCCAGCAGCAGCAGCUCUCUUUUGCACACGUGAGGCGAUGCUAUCAUAAUUUCCCUGUUUGUGACAUCACAAAUGGGGCCUUUUUCAAAUGUCGCAUUUUAGGUGAAUUAUUCCUAAAAUCAAACACUGAUAGAAAACAAAUGGAUGGGUUUUGCUUUGUUGGAGUGUUUAUAGAGGCAGUCGAGACCCACAUAGCAGCACAAUAGGAUAAUACACCCCCUUUAAAUCUUUUGAAACAAAUGUCCAGAAACUGUUUCUAACAAUGCAAAUGGCCUUUUACACCAGAUAAACAAGAUAUUCAUUGGGUGCAUGCCUUACACUGAGUGAUAAUUUAAUUCAGCAGAAUUGUUCUUUAUAUUUGUAUAAGAAAAUACCUCAAGCUUUGUAUUCUGUUUGACACAGGAGAACUCUCAGGUGCAGAAAGGAACAUUUCUUCUCAAACCAUCAACUCAGUUCGCAUCAAAACCACCACACUCAACCACUUGUUUACCCUUGAUGGGACUUUCGUCUUUUCUAGUUGUCAUUGUGGCCUCCAUGACUCAGAUUACCACAGUGACACAACUGUUUUAAGAACGCAAACCUCUCAGAGCAUCGGCUGGACCUCACAUGUCAUCAUUCCAUCUUAUGAAGGACCUUUUCUAAAGCACACUGUAAGAAAUUAAAUGUUGAAUUUCACUCAACCAAGUUAUGUCAACUGGUUCCGCUAAACCAUACAUUUAAUAUUCAUUAAUAUUAAUACUUAACCAUACAUAAAGUUUAAAAAUGUAUAUUAUUGUUUACAUUUAAGCAAUUUAUUUGUUGAAUCCAGUUGACAUAACUUUGUUGAAUAAAAUCAGCAUUUUAUUUCUUAGAGUGUAGUGCUUUUUGGAAAAGGUUUGGUGCAUCUGCAGUGUUUAUUAGAAAACACAUUUACUCAUGUGGUACAUAGAAGCACAGACAAAAAAAAAUCAUGAUUUUGUCUGUAGCAGAUCCUCGUAAUCUUGAACAACUUUGUCCAAGCCACUUCCAAGGGUUAACUUAUGCAAAACUCAGUGACAUAUUGUUUCAGAUUUAUAAUCUUUUGUCUUCAGGUUAAUUAUGGCAAAAUGAUUUCUAUGUGCUUACAGCUUAAUUGGUACAUUUUCUGCAGAAUUGGAAUCAAUCGUGUUUUUUUUUACUUGUAAUUUUUGUGAAAUCAACACAACAUUGCAACUUUUUAUGUGAUUUCUGUAAUCGUUUGAUGUCAAUCCUGUAAAUAAUUUUGGUAAUUUUUAAAUGUUUUCAAUUUGAAAUGAAAAUUUUGUUAUUAACAAGAAACAGCC